CGGCCGACGCGCCGAGAAGGUGGGCGGGGCCGCCGACGUGCUCCGCGGAACGGCCCGAUAUUAUGGGAUGUUGGACGGGGGAGGAAUGGCGCUGGGCGCGUGAUUUUGAACAAACGCUCAGUAUCCCGGUAGCCAGGGCCGAGUGAGAGGGUCGGCAGACGGCGUCGCCCGCCGCCCGAGGCCUGCGGCCCGCAGCACGGCCACCGCCCGCCCCGCCACGGCCUUGCCGUGAGAGCCGUUAUAUUCUUGGCUGCGCUGGUGUCCAGAAACUGUAGCAUUCAUGGAGUGUUGUCCGAGCUCUUGACUGUAUUUUGUGUGUGUUGAAGUCGCUAGUGCAGUUGAGAUUUCACUGGCCGCAGAUCCCAAUAAUUGUUGUCUACAGAAGAAAUGUCAUUGUGGAAAGAUUGGAUAAUAUCAACAUGUAAGCACAAAAGAUACUUUGGAGCAGAUUACCUAGGCCUUGCUAAGUAUCGACAAUAUUAAGAUGGAAGUGGUAUCGGCUGAAGUGAUUAGCCUACUUCCUGAGGAGAUAAUGGACACAACUGUUGACGAAGAUGACAGUAUUGAGGCUGUCACAAUAACAUCAGAGCAUGAGGAUUUAGUUGCCAUGGAAACUGAAUUGGAGGAAAUGGUACAUCCAGAUGAAGGCAAGAACUCACAGGUUUUGUCAAGCCUUGCAGAUCAUGUUACUGUGUUGACAAAUAGUAGUACUCCACUUAUUUUAAGUGACUCGUUGCAAAAAAUGGAAGUAAAUCCUGACAGUGCAUCACAGUCUACAAGUAACAUUAGCAACCCAAGUACAACUGCUGGAACUAAAGCAGAAAAUCAGGUUGUUCUUAAUCCAGAAUCAGAACCCUCUGAUCUUCCCACUUCAAGCCAGCCUGUUAAAUCAGAGACAGUAGGACAACAGUUUGUAGUGACUACACUAGGAAAGCCCCGACAGUCCAUCGUGCUUUCAUUGCCACCAAGUCAAUCAACCCACCUUCAAGUCCAAUCACAAUUUCAAGGUGUGGAUCCACAGGUGCAGAAACAAAUCAAGAUGGUCACUCUUGGUGAAAAGUUUGAUGGAAAGACUGGAGUUGGAACAUCAAAUACUUUGGGUCCUGGGAACUCAUUAAAUGCAUCAAUCCAGCCGACACAAAAUCAAUUCAAAACAUUGCAGAUCGCGAAGAAAUGCACAUCCACUUCUGCUGCAGCGCCAAUUAUCACAAAAGUCAUUAUUGCCAAACCCAUCCACAACAAGAACAUUAUAACAGGUAAAGUUCUUCCUCAGAAUGCAGUUGGAACUGCCCCAAAUGCCAUUACAGUUUCUGAAGCUGUUAGUGGAGCCAGUCUCAUUUCUGCAGCACAGCAGACAUCCAACAAGAUAGCCAUCUCUCCACUGAAGUCCCCAAAUAAGGCAGUGAAACCUACAGUCCAGACGCUAUCUAUGGGACCAAUGAAUACCACCCAGUUCAAGACCAUCAUCCCUUUGGCAACACCACCCAAUGUUCACCCGAUUCAAGUACCAGGCAGCAAGUUUCAUUAUGUACGGCUAGUUACUGCAACAACGGCUAGUGGCUCCUCACAGGCAGUCAGCUCCACUUCCAGCACCAACACACAGCCUUUAUCACAAGCCAAGACUGUUGUACUGAAUCCGCAAGUUCGCAUGUCUGUUCCAAUUGCACCAGCACAGAUAAAAAAUGUAGUUCCCAAACCAGUUGCUGGCACCACACAAGCGGCUACCACCAGCCAACCCCAACAGAGACUCAUUAUGCCUGCAACGGCAUUACCACAGAUCCAGCCCAAUUUAACAAAUCUCCCACCAGGCACUGUUUUGGCACCAGCCCCUGGAGCUGGCAACGUGGGAUAUGCAGUAGUCCCAGCUCAGUACGUUACACAGUUACAACAGACUUCCUACGUUUCAAUAUCCAGUAACAAUGGGUUUUCUGCAACAUCCCACGUUCAGACUCAAGCAAAACUGCCGAUCAAUGGAUCAUCCACAUCAGAAUCAGGAUCACGGCCUCGGAAACCUUGUAAUUGUACAAAAUCUCAGUGCCUCAAACUAUACUGUGAUUGCUUUGCAAAUGGAGAAUUUUGCAAUAGUUGCAAUUGUACCAACUGUUUUAAUAAUCUGGAUCACGAAGCUGAGCGGCUGAAAGCAAUAAAGGCAUGUCUUGACAGAAAUCCAGAAGCAUUUAAGCCAAAGAUAGGAAAAGGCAAAGAAGGCGAAUCUGAUAGAAGACAUAGUAAAGGCUGUAACUGCAAGAGGUCAGGAUGUUUGAAAAAUUAUUGUGAAUGCUAUGAGGCGAAGAUUAUGUGUUCCUCAAUAUGUAAGUGCGUCGGCUGUAAAAAUUUUGAAGAGAGCCCAGAGCGGAAAACGCUAAUGCAUCUGGCAGAUGCUGCAGAGGUUCGUGUACAGCAACAGACGGCUGCCAAGACCAAGCUUUCAUCACAGAUUUCUGACCUGCUUACCAGAACAACACCAGCUGUUACAAGUGGUGGAGGAAAGUUACCUUUCACAUUUGUGACGAAGGAAGUGGCAGAAGCAACGUGUGAGUGUCUCCUUGCACAAGCUGAGGAAGGAGAGAAGAAUAGCCAAACAAAAGCUGCCACUGAGCGGAUGAUUCUGGAAGAAUUUGGCCGUUGCUUAAUGCAGAUUAUAAACUCAGCUGGCAAAGCCAAAGGAGAUGCUUGUGCUCUGAGCUGCUGAUCCAUUUGUGCUCCACUACAGGAGCUGAACAGGAAGAACCAUUUAAGAAAAUUCUGUAAAGAUUUUAAAACAAAAACAGUUUUGGGCUUGCCAUGUUUUACAGCUGUACGGUUAGCAAAGGCUUUCAAUAAGUCAGAUUAUUUCUUCGCAGAUCUUCUGCCAUUUGUCUGACUACGGUGCCUUUUUAAAAUUUCAAAUGCUUAGGAUACAAAGUAGAUUUUAUGAUGUAAAUCAGUGUGAAUAUGCAAAACUUAUGAAGGAGGCACUAUUUUGAAGCUUUUGAUGACAUUUUACGUGUUUUGCGCCCCUCUAUGCAAGGCUGUUUCUUUGAUCAUCUAUCACUCAAGAUGUUAGGGUUUCUUUUAGUAUUCUAUUCUUCCAUCCCGCAGAAUGACAACUAUCUGAGGUACAAACUGGAUUUAACAAUGGAAGAGCUGAAUACUGUACCCACUGUUAAACAACCUCUCAGAAAUGACUUUCAACAAACUCGACAAGGAUCAAGUUUUUGAUACAAGGACUCUGUUUUAAAAUAUGUUUUGGGACUGUGGGUGGAAAUUAGAUUUUAAGUGCUGAAAAGCUUAGCAUUAUGUGUGAUUGUUUUUUGAUAAUAUAAAUGUACAUACCUUUACUUUUGCGUUACACCAUUAACGAUUGAGUUACUUGUUUCAGAGCACAUUGAUAAUACGUUAACCUACAAUUACCAAUUGCUAGAAAUUGCUUGACUACAGUGGUGCUUUAUCACACUCGUGAUCAAUUCAAAACUGCACCUUUUGGAACUCUAUAGGUCAUCAGUUCUCUUGAUAGUUGACCAUUUGAAACUUCUGCUGGUGAGUAGUCUCACCUCAGACCUGCCAAUGGACUAGACUGCAGGAUGGCACAAUAUACUAUGGUGUGAGGGAUUUUCGGCUCCUCCCACACAAAUUGCCCUUCUUAGGCAUUUUUGCCAUGAGACGUGCCCAUGCAGAAGCACAGCUGGUUUCCUGCCAAAAGGGUAGAUUGAAGUAAUGAGGCAUUCCUGGUUUAAUUCAACAGUAUUGGCUGUGAUGUUGAAGCAACUUCUCAAUUAUGAAUGGCUGUCAGAAAAGGGAGAAACAAGUGUAGUGGUAAUCUGUUUUAUCUUUCAUGUCUUUGAAAGGUACUCUUUAUCAAAUAUAGGUUAUCCAACAUUGUGGGAAAAAGAACACUUUUUUAAUGUAAGUAUUUUAUUUUCUAUUAAAGCAUAUUUGCACGUCCUUAUUGUGUUGAAAAUUCUACAACCAUUUUGAAGGUUGGCAACUUGGAAUAGGAAAUCUAAAAGUGACAUUGUUAACCUGAACAUAUUCAUUUACUGUGACAGUGCAAUAUGCAAAAAAUCAAGAUACUUUGUUUUAACCUUGACCUAUAAAUGUGGGCAAAUUGAAACUCAUCCAUAUUUAGUUCCUUUCAAAAAAAAAUAAAGUGCUUUCUAAAGUA